AUGACGUCACCUAGUCGCUGCUUUGUCAUCUCCUUUUUCCAUUAUUCACCAUGCCCUCAGUCCCUAAACGCCCUCCUUCAUCCCUCCUUUCAGUGGAUUCAGGAUGCAGACGCCGCCGUUAACGCGGCUAAGGAGAAGGCGGAACAAAUAAAUGGGAGGUUGGAUCAUAAUAAAAAAGACCAACACGAUGGUACUGUGAUUGGCCAAAAUAUUGAGAAAAUUAAGCAAGCUAAAGACAAAGUUAGUCAAGUUGACGAUCAGUUGAAAAGUAUUCACACCGAUUUAGGUAACUGGAAAGAUGCGGCGCACAGUGUCCUUGGCACAGCGGUUGAAAAGGCAGAAGAGGUGCGUGACAAGUUGGAUCCAGAUGGUAAGGCCACAAUUGGCCAGAACAUUAGUGACAUUAGUGACGCUAAAAAUGAGAUUGAAACCGCAAAUAAAACUUUCGAAAAGCAAGUUAACAAUCUGAACACUUGGAUCACCUCGGCGGAGAAUAUCCGUGCUGCGGCAGAGGACAAGGCCAAGGAAGCCUACGACAAGUUGAAGGUUAACAAGACGCUGGAUGAGAAUGUGAAGAAGAUUGUUAAAGCCAAGGGGGAGAUUGAAAAAGUUCAUAAAAACCUGAAUAGUGUCCAUGGCAAUUUGGGAACGUGGAAGGGUCAGGCCAGCACAGUGCUUGCCGGGGCGAUUGGAAAGGCGACGGACGUUCAUAAGGCUUUAGAUAUAGAUGCUAAAGGAAAGGGCAUGCCGCUUGGCAAAAACAUUGAAGGAAUUAGCUCAGCUAAUGACUUAAUUAAAAAGGCGAAUAAUGACCUUAAAACUGAAAUUGACAACUUAGGUAAGUGGCAGACUGCCGCCAAGGAAGUUAUUUCCAAGGCGGAUGGGAAGUGUGAGGAGAUACUUAAGAAAGUUGACCAAAAAGGUAAGAUUUAUGUGCAAGCUCAAGAGUUACAGAAGAAAGGAAAAGAGCUUUUGGAGGCUGCCAGGACAGCCAAAAAGGCUGUUGAGUCUAAGGUCACUGCAGCCCUUAAGGCUGUUGUGGCCAUGGACACAUCCCUCAAGAGGGAUUUGAAGCAGGUGAAGGAGAAGAUUACAAAUGCAAUUAAAUUGUAUGUUGAGAAGCAAAUUAAUGAAUUGCCUGCGAAAGUGCAAGAGGAUUUGCAGCAGUUGAGGGGGAAUAUUGAGGGGCUUGCAAGUAAUGUCCUUGGUGAUCGCAGUGCAGAUGACCUUGUUAAAGAUGCUUUCACUCAGCUUGAUGCGGCCAAAAAUGCGCUUGCAAGUGUUACUCAUGUCGGCGCCGGUUCAGUUGCAACGCUGACUAGUGAGCUUGAAGGGAAGUUUACUGAGUAUAUCCAAGAUCCGCUUACCAAGGCGGUCACUGCAGUUGACUCGGCGAUUCAGAAGCUUGGCGGGAAGUUUAGUCUAAGCGUGGACAAACAGAAUGUUCAAGGCAUUUUCGGGCAUAUUAAAGAAAGAGUUGGGGAGAUUAAGGGGACGCCAGGCAGAAAGGGUAAAGGUCUGGAAAAAAUUGUAGAAGAAGUGAAGGGCCUUGCUAGGGCGUUCGUUAACCCUGGCGGAAAAGGUUUUAACCUUAGAGUAGGCGGAUGGCUGGAAGGUAUAAUAGGGAAUGGGAAGGGGAGGCCGGGGACCAGAGACCAUAAGCCCGGGUUGCAAGCCGUGACGUCUUGGCUUGAGCCGUAUCAGAAGGCGGCUAAUGGGGGCGGGCCUGGUGAACAGGCGUUGAGAGAUCAAGUUAUAAAUAACAUUAAGAGUGCGCUUGGAGGCCAAAUCAGGGAAGCUCAGCGGAUGAUUAUGUCAGUGCAGAAUGGCCCCAAGUUCAUUAACAAUAAUCUCACUGCCAUCGUGAAGGCCUGCGAGACGUUCGUCGAGAAACUUGAUGAAAAGAUUAAGAAGGAUGCAAUUGAUAGCCUUGUACGGCAGAUAGUUCCGAACAUUCAGCGGUGGGCAAGCGGGCAGAGCCUUCAGAUUUUUAAUGAAGACGCUGAUCUCAAGUGUGCCGUCCGCUACACUCUCCUUGCACUCUGCGCUUCUGUGAGGCAGGUUGGCAUUGAGCUCAAAUCAUUAGGCAUCGACAAGUUUGGCGAAAUUUUGGACCAAAUUAAACCGACUGUAGAUGAUCUCGACAAGCAGCUGAAAGAGGCGACUAGCCCUCCCGGCAUCCCUCCCACCGGCAAAAAUGAAAGCCCCGCCCAAGCCGUGGACAAAAGGUUGGAGGCGGUGAGGGAGAAGGUUAAGGGACUUGAAAACAAGUUUAGAGAAAACGUCACAAAAGAUCUUAAAGCUGAGGUGGACAAACUUCCCACCGCCGUUGGCGCUUUCAACUCCACCGCCGAACAGCAGAUCAGGGCUGCCGCCCAGACGGCCAUCAAAAAGGCGGCUGGGCAGAUUAGUGAGAGUGAUGUUCCAUCUGAGAUUGACGUCGAGAGUAAUAUGCCAAGUUUCCACACUGUCUACAAUAACAUCAAAACUCAGCUCCCCAAGGACCUUCAUGCUCUGCUGGACACGCACAUUGGGAAGUAUCACUUGUCGGGUUAUCCUCCGUUUACUGUAGUACAGGAACUCAAACUUUCACCAUUAUUUAGCCUAUAUAAGGGGCACGUUACACAACCUAUAAGCGCAAUUCUCACCGGCAUCACAUCUGAAGGCUCCCUCCCCCAGGCCAUCGGGGAGAUCAAGACUGUGGGACUGGCGGAGCUUGAAGAGGCUAUUGGUGACAAUGUCAUUGGCGAUAAGAAGAUUGAAGAAAAGACGUUUAAUGGGCCGUUCACCCAAAUUAAGACACAGCUUGAAGCGAUCAAGAAAUUGGUUGAUGAGGAUGACAAGAUGAUACUCGACUAUGGCGUCAUUGACAAGAAGGGCGUUAAAACGCUGUUGACUGAAUUAAAUCACAUGAUUACUCUGCACAAUGCAAACAAUUUAUACGGUCUUACCGCUGGCCUCAACUCUAUUUAUAAUAAGAUUGACACUCUCCACUUAACAACGUUCACUAACCAACCCGAAGCAAUUGAGAAAGCCGUCGGCCUAAUCAGGCAGGAGCUUGGAGUGCUUAGAGGGAAGUUGAAGAAUUCGCAAAAUGGUGGGACAAAAGAUGGCGUUAUUCACGAGUUGGAGGAUCUGAAAAGGAAUGGCCUUGGAGCUGAGUGGGCAUUUGGCGAUGCGCAGUGGAAACACAUGGACAACUUGAGGGCGAUACAAAACAAGCUGAAAUAUCAGAAUGGUAUGUUACCGGAGCAGACGAAAAAUAUUGAAGAAACCAUCAAAGCAAUAAAGCAAGAUAUACAGGAUGCGCUGAGAAAUGUUGGCAUGAAGUUGAACAACACGCUCAUUGAUGAUGACGUCGUCGACAAGUUGGGGGCAUUCAAAUUGAUGAUUGGUCAGGGUGGACAUGGAGGCCUGCAAGGUAUUUAUGAAGCAAUUCAAAAACUUCAACAAAAUCAAUUUACUAAGCAACCACAAGCCAUAGGGGAAGCCAACGAGGCAAUCAAGGAUGCACUCAAAGAGCAGAUCAACACGCUAGGCAGCGAUGUCAUCAAGGAGCUGAGUGAUUUGAUGACCAACGGGAUGAGUAAAGAUAAGAAUUGGAAGUACAAUGGUAGUGAUGUUAAUGGUCUAUUAAAAAUUAUUAGUGACCUCCAACAUCAACAAGGCAUAUUGACAUCACAGCCCACUGCAAUCGGCGGCGGCGUCGACCAGAUCACCAGGGAGCUUGACGAGCUGAGGAGUGAGUUGCAGGGUAAGGAUGACACUGAGCCAAAAGAAAGAGGCGUGAUAAAGAAUAUGGAAUUUAUGAUUAAGAAGAUUGGAACAAAUGAUGACGAUCCUAAUAGCCUCAGAAAAAUCAAGAAAGAGAUUGAAGAGCUCAACAGGGAUACAGUCCCUGACAUCAACAAAUUCCUUGGUGAACUGUGCGCCAAGAUUGCGAGCGAAGCCGGUAGUGUGGAUUGGAAGUUGGGGCUUUUCAAAGAAAAUAACAUCGACAAAGACCUCGCAAAAAUCAAGACACAAAUUGACACCCUACGCAUAGAUGACCUCCAGGCGGCCAUCGCCAUGUGCGACAAGUUCCUCACCAACGCCGAUUACAUAAAAUGGGAGAAAGUAGAAAACAUUGAACGCUUCGUAGACAGUGAGAUUGAAAAGGCAAUCGCGGAGCUCAGCAAGCAGGCCCGUCAGGACUACGUGGAGUCCGCGAAGGACGCGCUGAAACACUUCGCCGCCAAGGUGGCCGAGGAGCUGGGGGAGCUGCCUGAGGAGAUAAACAGGGAUCUCUACACAGGCUACAAGGGCCUCAUGAAAUAUGCGCACGGACACUUUGACAGCCUCGAAAGCGUCACGGAAGAGAGAGAAAUUGCCGUCAUAUCCUCCGCGUUCCACGCUUUCUACGCCCCGGUCAACGAGUAUCUCGGCAGUGAGAUCCGGAGGGAGCACAGGGAGCGUGAGGGCGAAAAAAGUCCCCUGCUCCCCAAGUCCCAGGAUCACUACGCUGACAGACUUAGUGCAGUUCACACGGCGCUCAGCGCUCUGCUCACCCACAUAACCGGUGCGCAACGCUACGGCCAUGAGGUCCGUGGUCUGCUUGACGCGCUUGACAAGGCACUCGCCGGCCUCAGGCCGGAGUGCUUCGCCAGGCCAAGCACGGCUGUGAUAGACGGCGUGACGGACGGGCUCAGUGCCUUCGCCGCCGAGCUGAGGAACGCGUACAUCAGUGCGUACUCCGGCGCCGCGCUCACCGGUGACUUAGUCAGCAGUGAGGCCGUGAGCGAGAGAAGCGUCACAGUGUUGACACCUUAUGGCGAGAAGCUUUCUAAGGUGUUGCUCAGCAUGGUGCCAAUACUUUACAGUUCAUUGACCGUGUUGAGAACGGAGUGCAAGAGCCUCGCUGGACAGCAACUCAACAAAUGUACGGACCUAGGCAGCCUCCUCACCGGGAUGGGCUACAACGUCCCAGACGACGGCAAGCAGGACGGCGAGUUGAAUAGGAACGUGACCGGUAGGGGAAUUACCAUGCUCCUCGUCGGCGAUUUCGAACGUGUCUUCAACUCUGAUAAGGACACCAAAAAUGCGCUCGGGAUUCUUCUCGAUCAUCUCAACGAUUACUACAAGGCGUGUCACUUCAAUCUUCCACGUUCGCUCAGGACGCCGUGCAACGUAUAUGAGAUGCUCGUAUGGCUGACGGGCCUCCCGCACAACUGUGUCUACGAUAAGCUCUGUAAAUUCACGAAACUGUGUUACAGCGAGCAGACUGAGAAUAGCCUCUAUGCCGCCACUUUCCCUGCCGACGCUUUAGUUGCCGCCGUUGGGAGGCUCACCGCCGACUGCCCUGCCAUACUCACCAGAGUGCUCGGCUACGGCAGUGCUCUGACAACAUACGCCUGCGACUUCCAUAGCAACUCCAUGAGACUGUAUUACCCGCAGGACGGCGAGGAAUGCCUGCACAUGAUGCUUCAUUGUGUUCCUGUCAAGUCAGUGCUCACUCCCCGCUCACCACGGUGGCUGGGCGGAGUGCCGUGCAAUCCCCUGGCCUUCAAUUCAUCACUGCCUCACCCGGAGUGCACCGAUAAAUCACCCCUGCAGUCCUACCUCAACGACUGCCUGCCCGGCCACCUACCUCAUCAGGUCAGCAACGUCGGCUGUGAGCCUUUAUGCAACACGUGUCCCAGUGCACCAAGUGGAAUGCCCUGCCUCACGCCGCUCGGCUUCCGGGGUUUCUCCGGCAGCAUCAAGACGGGCAAGCAGCUGUGCAAAGUGCUGACCAAAUGGUUCGGCAACAAGCAUCUCCCAUCGCUGCUCAGCCUCGAACCCAGACCGCCGGCCACCUUGGCUGAGCACAUAGGCUUCGCCCUGUCGCUCGUCAACGAUUGGCACGACGGCAAGAUUGUGCCCAAGAAUUUCUUCCAAACGGCACUCGAGGCAUCCGCCACGGACUUGUCACUUCGCCUCUACAACCAACCCGGUGACCUGACCGCAGCGCUCACCGCCGCCUACGGCUCGGACUCCGCGAAACACGGCGGCUGCAAGCACCCGCACCUGACGCAUCUCGCAGGCACUGACGUCUGCACCAGGCACCAAGCUUCGCCCUUCCUCCAAGCCCUCUGCCGCGACUCCUACGACAGCCUUGCCUACCGCCACUCAGACCUCUACCUCUCCUGGGCCGUCUACCUCCCGUGGACACUGUAUGAUUUAUUGCUGUGCCUGUACACCGCGUUCAAGGAAAUCUCCUGCCGGGACUGGAGCUGCGAUGCGUGCCUUCACGAAGGCCCCUGUGAUCCAGACAGCCACGGCGUCCUAAACCCCAAGGCACCCGUCCACGGCUGCCGAUGCCCUUCCAUCGUCCAAUGCACGGGCGUGAUGCCGACGCUCUACCAAUACGGCCUCACCUUCAAGGACGCACCGGCCUUGAUAUCGCAAAACACAACUUGCUUUAGCUUCUCCACGCAGCUCUCCCAAGUCCUCCACUCUGAGUAUUUCAGAGAUCUCUUCCACAAGUGUGAUGAGUUCCUCUGGCACAUCAGGAUGCCCUUCCUCUUCACCAUCGUCACACUCUGGCUCACCGCCACGCUCUACAUCGCCCACUCACUCCUCUACCGCAUGGACGUCCUGCAUAUCCGCUCCCACCUCCUGACUACCAGCGCCUCCCACCAACUCGACGUCAAGGCCCUGCUCUCCCGCACCCGCAGGAUGCUCUCACUCUACACUGACGUCGACUACUUCGACGACGACUUUCACUCGUGA